AUGUCCUGUCAUCAAUGUGCAAAGAAAUUGGCUCUCAGUUCGCAGCAGUCUUACUGUCCAAUGUGCAAAUUCAUCAUGUGCAGAAAGUGUCUAUGUAACAACCUUCCUUCUCUGGACGGCAGCACUAAUAAAGAUAAGUCUUUCAAAGUCUGUUUGCAGUGCUAUGAAAAGUCUACAAAGAAUAUUCCAGAUACUGAUCCUCGUGAAACUGAACCUCCGAUUUUAUUCCUUAAACGGAUUGAAGAGUUGAAGAACAGGACGGCAGCCGCGCCGGUACGACUUGCAGCCCAACCUCCCCGUUCAGUUACUGUACCGCCUCUCCCUGAUGAUGUAACGAAAUUGACUCAACGCUUGGAUGCAUUAACUGCAGACGAGCGUCGAAACCUACCCACCGAAUCCGAACUGCAAGAUCGAUUGAAUGCACUCGGUAAUUUCAUCUCAACACGAUCAGUAGAGUCACUUCCGAAGACGAAACCAUGUGAGGACGAGGUAAAGAAGAUUAUUGAUGAGGCUCAAGAUGCAGCACGGAUAGCAGCCAAGUACGGAGUACCCCUAGAUGAGGAAAAAUCUCCAACGCUUGAUAGGAUAUACUGCUCACUCUGUGAUGAAAAUGUAGCUGCUGUGAUAUGCCCAGCAUGCAUGGAUGAGGAGUUUUGCAACCACUGCUUUCUGUGA